UGAGAUGAGGAAGUGUGUGAGAACCUGCUGAGUGCAGGGAGGAACAAGUCUCAUCUCUGUAGUUCCUGGAGAGAGAGAGCGUCACCUACAAACCUGCUACAAACACGCGCAGGCUGGUGAACACCUCGUACUUGGAAUUAACGGGAUGUCAGGGGAUUAAUAUCAGUGACCAUGUGCCUUAUGGGCACCGAGUGUGAGCCACCUCAGCGGUAAGGUUUGAGGAGAGAAAAGGAAGAGGAGGAGGAGGAGGGGUAGACAGACCGGCUUGCAGACAGGUGCGACUCCACAAACUGUUUCAUUCUCGGUCCUUCUAAGUACUAGAGCCAUGGAUACCCGCAAGGAAAACAAGGUAAGAAAAGCUAUGAAACCCAAGACGACAAAGCGAAAGGAGAAGAAAUAUAAAACCGGAAGAUUUGCUAGGAGGAAAUCGCUGCGAUCUUUUGGGAAUUUCAUGGGAAGGAUUCUUAAAACUUUGGGCACUUUUGCGCACUUUGGCGACGCGGAAACGCCGGACGCGGAGGACGACGACGGCGGGUUCGGGCGAACCGCUUCUGGGGGUUUCAGAGACGACAGUGGGCAGACCUCCAGGGAGGGAACCGUGAAGAAGAGCUCCACGGUGUCCUCCACUCACGGCUCGGUGAAAGACAGGCUGUCGUGGUGCUUCGGCGACAAGACCCCCGGCGUGCUGGGGCUGAAGAACCAUGGAAACACCUGUUUCAUGAACGCCGUGGUUCAGUGCCUCAACAACACGGACCUGCUGGCCGAGUACCUCGGGCUGGAGCAGUACAAGUCGGAUUUGUACCAGAGGAGGGUGAACGGGGACGCGAGGGGCGAGGAGCCGCUUCCCGCCAGGGGAGAGGUGACCGAGCAGCUGGCGACGCUGGUCCGAGGCUUGUGGACCCUGGAGUACACACCUCAGCUGUCAGUGGAGUUCAAGAGCAUAGUGGCAAAGUACGGCUCUCAGUUUCGGGGAAACUCUCAGCACGAUGCACUUGAGUUCCUCCUCUGGCUUUUGGACAGAGUUCAUGAAGAUGCCAAUGAAAGCCCCAACAACAACAACACAAACGGCAGCAGCAGCAAGACCAAAGCCAACGCCAAGGGACCCAGUUCAUCUGAGCAUCCUUCCAGUCCCAGUUCAGUCGACACCCAGCAGCCCCGGGAUCGACACAGUUUUGUCCAGGAACACUUCCAGGCUCAGUACAGGUCUUCUUUGACGUGCCCUCAUUGCCUUAAGCAGAGCAACACCUUCGACCCAUUUUUAUGUAUCUCCCUGCCUAUCACACUGCGACAAACCAGGUCGAUGUGUGUGACGCUGGUGUUCAGUACGAAGGGUCAGAGAUACCUGCGGGUGGGGCUGGCUGUACCUCUCUUUGGUUCCCUAUCCUGCCUCAGAUCAAUGGUGGCCCAGGAGGGCAACAUCUCCCCAGACCAGGUCAUCCUAUCAGAGUUGUACUCUACAGGUUUCCAACGAUCCUUUUCAGAUGAUGAUGACAUGACAGUAAUUGCCGAUAGCGACGUUAUCUACGCCUUUCAGGCUCCGCCCCUCCAUAGUCGAGGAGGCUCCACACCACACUCAGGGUAUCACCACAGCCUCCCCUCCUCCCCCUACACUUCCAAUGCAGGACCCGACGGGCAGAAGUUACCUUCUUCUGGCACCCUCUCCUCUGAAUACCUGAACCAGGGCGGCUCCACAAAGGUUCUCCUUGUCAUCUGCAACACAGCAGGAUCUGGCCAGCAGGCGGUCAGGUUUGGACCUCCAUUUCUCAUGCGUGAGGACAGGAGCAUCUCCUGGGACCAGCUGCAGCAGAGCAUCCUCAGCAAGCUGUAUUAUCUGAUGCUGAAUGGAUCCCAGGCUCAGAAUGCUGGCAUGCUGUUCAAGAUUAGAGUAGUUGGAGGAUCGUCAAACUACAGCUACCUGUCCCCGCAGGACAGCAGGCCACUGUACCACACUGCUGUUGACAGAGCUCUGAAGUUCUGCGGCCCCGGAGGACCACCCCAUGUUAAGGUUGUCAUAGAGUGGGAGAACAAGAUCAAAGAAUGUCUCUUUGGCAGCAUCCAGGAAGAGGUGGUGAAGGAUGCAGAGAGUGUGAGGAACCAGAAGCAGCAGCACCUGCAGCAGCACAGCUGCACUUUAGACGAGUGCUUCCAGCUGUACACCAAAGAAGAACAGCUUGCCCCGGAUGACGCCUGGAAGUGUCCCCACUGUAAGCAGCUUCAGCAGGGCAUGGUGAAGAUGAGCCUCUGGACUCUUCCUGACAUACUGAUCCUCCACCUCAAGCGCUUUCGACAGGUAGGCGAGCGGAGGAACAAGCUGUCCACCCUGGUGCGUUUCCCCCUCACUGGUUUGGACAUGGCCCCCCAUGUGGUGAAGAGGAGUCAGAGUAUGAAGAACCUGAACUUGGGGGCCUGGCCUCCUCCUUGGAAGCAGUCCUCAGGCCAACAUCAACCUGACCUGACCCUCCCCCAGGACGCUCUGUACGACCUCUACGCUGUGUGUAACCAUCAUGGAGGAAUGCAUGGGGGACACUACACUGCCUACUGUAGGAACUCAGUGGACGGACUGUGGUACAGCUACGAUGACAGCAGCGUAGACUUGGUGCCUGAGGAAGAGGUUUGCACCAGAGGAGCGUACAUUCUUUUCUACCAGAGACGUAACCUCAUUCCUCCGUGGUCAGCCAGUUGCUCUGUCAGAGGAUCCACAAGUUCAUCAAUGUCAGACCACUGGCUGAUCCGGCUGACAGGGGACAGUCAGAGAGGCAGUAUGGUCUCUCGAUCCUCCACCACCUGCCCAUCCUCCUUACCUGACUCACCCGAGUCUCCGGUCUUCUUUGAAAACGGUUCAAAAGAAGAAAGAGGGGGUUUCGAUAGCAGGCCUUUUAUCAGAGGUCUUCAGGGAAGGAGUGUGAGCAUGAGAGCACCCAGCAAGACCAGGGAAACACUGAGCAAAGUUUUCCCCCUGCGCUGGUCCUUCGGUUCAAAGGACAGACGGAAACCUGACCCAGUGCCCCCGGCUGUCCAAGACACUGCCCCUGUGGAGCUGGUACAGUACUUGGAGUCUGGCCGGCGGCCCCGGUGCACAAAAGAUCCAAUAGCAACGUUGAUGAGCGAGCCACGCAGCGCAAAGGAAGCUUCUGAGGGCCGGGCUUCCGCUAAUGUUCGAUCUUCCAGUGUUGGAAGUUUAAGUUGUUUAAAUAAGGCAGGAGAUGGGCUGCCGCGUGAGUCUACAAAGCUACCUGAGGGCCAGAGGAGGCCGUCAGAUAAGACAGCCAGCUUGAGACGCAGUAAGGGGAGCCAGCCAAGAGACGACAGGACGACACAUAUCAGCAGUAGCUCUAGCAGUAACACUCUCACCAGGAGGAAAGAUGACACGAAGAAAAGCUCCUCCAAAGCUUGCCAGGAUACUGAGACAAAAAGGAGUUCCAGUACUGGUGUUCAGUCCAGCUACAGCACUCCUAGCCUUCAGGAUGGGACCCUGAGAAGACAAAAAGGGGACAGGGCUGAUAGGGAACAACAAGGUGCAAAUGAAGGAAACUCUAAGACUAAGAAAGAAGAAGUGCCUAGGAACCAUGAAGGACUGCUCUCCUUCUUUAAAGGCAGUUUCCUGAAGAAGGAUAGGGACUCAAGGAAGUCAACGGAGGGUGAAUCAGGAAGAGGAGCAGGUGAGGAAGGAGGCAGAAGGACGCUGUCUAAGUCGUCGCUGUCAAAUGGAGCAGCAGCAGGAGGAGGAACUGAACCGGAAGUAGGCAAGUCUAAUGGCUCGGGCCACCGGGGCGAUGAGCUGGCAAACGGGAAGGUGGGACGGACAACGACGGAUAUCAAGCGCUCCCAGAGCUCCUCCAACAUCCCCAUCAAAGCGGAGCAGAGCAUGCGUAGGACAGCUUCCCUGCAUCGCAACGGGAUGUCUACAGCCCCAUCACGCAACCUGGCAACAGACAAACCGUCGUACGGCACCCUGCAGAGGACUCGAUACAGCACAACCUCGCUUGGACGCAAAAGGACAGUCCCCGAGUCCAGCUUCUGACACACAGAUCAUCAACUCAGCCACACACACACAAAGCCUUUUAUUUGUCAUAAGGAGAGGGACUUCCAAUCUCUAAGGUCAAAGCAAUAGAGAGCAAUUCCAAGUGGUGCCCCUCUUUGUCCUUAGGAAAUGAACAGCAUGAAGUGGAUUGCACAACGGAGUUGAGGGGCUCAGAGUAUAUAUAGGGUACUUAAAUGCUGGGAGAAUGAGAGCAGAAUAAAAUCAUUGGACCUGUCCAUCAAAUUUAAGAGAGUCCAUUUUAUUUGGUUUUUUUAUGACUUAAAACAAGUGCCUGAUAAAUGUAUAUUAUGCAGUUAAGAACCAAUGAGUUAGUCUGUUUAGCACUGGAAGCACCAAGUGACACACACACAGACAUAAUUAGUUAAGCAUAUUAUCCACAUUUGUGUCUUAUCGCUGUAGUUUGAGUGUUGGAAUUCCUUACUCCAUUUUGAAUUCUCAUGGUUGUUUGAUUACAAUCUGGACGCACUGAUUGUGUUCCUAUAUAAGAAUGUAAUGUGGCCACUUCAUUAACGGUGGUGCUUUGAGGCUUCAGAUUCUGCUUAACAUUUAUUAUCCAUCUUUAAUCCCUUGUUUAAAGUUUUCAAAGUACACGAUGGCUUUAAACACAAAUCAGUGUUUUGAUAAAGCAUAAACUUGUCCCUGUGUGGCCCAGACUGCAGUGUUGACCCGGCACAACAAAGACCUUUAUCAGUGGUAUCCCACUGGGUAGGAUUGGUAUUCUGUAGAAUCUCUGACCUGGGUCACGCAAUCAUUAUUUGGCUAAGAAAUUAAAUCCCUAACAGAGCCAAUAACGAUUUAUUUAUAUUCAUGCAAUAUCGACCAUUUGGAAAUGUGUCAAACCUUUUAUAUAACAUUAAUUCCUAUUAAUUCCAUUGGGUUUGUUCUUUUAAUAUUCUAGUUUUUUGUGUAACCACUUUCAUUUGUCGAAAAUGGAAGGAGUAAAGAGGGCCAGUGUUUUAGGGUGAUGUUUUUCCUCUAAUUAUACCUUUAAUUUGUUUCAUAUUUUUUAAUCAUUAUAGUAUUAACAAUCUUAUAGUAGGUUUAAAAUGGCCCAAUUAAAACAAAUUGAAAAAAGGGAAAUGAAAUGCAUUAUUGAACAAUUUAAUGUUUUUCUUUCUGAUAUCGUGCAUCCAAUCAAACUUCCCCUUCACCUUAUCACGAAAAUUAGGGAAAAAAAUUCAUGCAGUUAUCAAAAACAAAAAUUCGAUUUUUGUUUUUACACACCCUUUUAUUUCAAACAUUGCAAACACAAAUAUGAUGUGAAUGACAAUGUAUAUUUUCAGUUUUCUUUGUUUUAAUAUAGGCAUCUUAAAUCUCCCACAUGAAUCAGCUGGAACUCAAAUGUAAUGUUCGGCAUGAUGAAGGAUAUCUGGUGCCUUUUGCCUUUCACAGCCUAUUGUGAUAAAAAAAAAAAAAGAAAAGAUGACGUAAGCAUGUCAUGUGAGCGUGAUUUGGGUUUAUGUUGCACAUUAUUGGGACACAUGAAAGCAUAUUUAAUUUAUUUAGUGUAAUCUGUUUAAUUUUUGUAUAUACUUUUACCUUGCUACAUAUUUUACCCACUAUAAAUGUGCUUCGCAUUUAAUUUGUAUACUUUUAUGUAGUAUACAGAACAACUUCCCUUUGGCCACUGAGAAAAGCAGUACAUUGAUCUCUUUAUCCUGGAACUGGUAUCCCCAGCCCCUCCAUUUAAAAAAAGGGUGACUUCUAGUCUCAUGUCUGCUUCAAAUUCUGGUCGUAUGGUGUAUCAAGUCAGCUGGAUCCCCUUCUUUUCUGCUGCAUUGAUUUUCUGAUGCGUAUGUGCACAUCAAUUAUCCCAUGAGGAAAUGUUUUGAUAAUUGCACAAUGCUGAAAAGACUGAGAGAAGUACAUAAUCAACAGUAUUUUAUUGUUUAGUGUUUGUAACCGUAAUUUCGGUUACUAUUUGCCCAGUAUCGACAAUUUCUAACGUACUUCUAAAUGACCAAAUGACAGUGACUAUUAGAUUUACAGGAGAUAAUAUUCUGUGCAAUUGUCAAAUCUUUUUUUCAGUCUACUCUAACUGCAGAAAUGUAAUUAUGUGUCAACAACCCACAUUAGAAACUGCAACACGCUCUUUUGUUUGAAAGGAGAGAGUAGUGGAUGAAGGCUGUGGAAUUGAACAUCUGAUUUACACAAGUAUUAGUAACAUUUGCUAAUGAAAGGCUCAGGCUUCUUUAUUCUAAUUUCAAAAGCAUCACAUCACCCUUAGAAAUCACCAAAGACUAAAAAAAUGUAAUUUGUAGCAAAAGCUGUAUUUAAGCUUGUCACAUUGAUCAUAUAUGCCAACAUGUUGUAGAACCCAUCAUUAUCCUACAUGAAAAUAAAGAAGCCAUUCCUUUUUAUUGGGAAGCAUUUAAUGUAUUAUUCAAAUUAAAAAGGAGAAGCAGACUGUUUCGAAAGAACGUUUUCUAUGCAGAUCAUUAGUACAUAAUGUAGCUCGUUGAACAUGUCAAGCUGCUAAAAAUAAGACUAUUAAGCACAAUACCUUCAUAUCCAUAUACAUGUGACACAUUCAAUUCCUUAUUCCAGAUGUUGUUCGGAUGUGACCUCCAGCAGUAAUUCAUUGGGAGAUAAACACAUUUGUUUCCCUUUCAUUACCACUGAAAAAUGGGGCUUUUGGCAAUGGUCUGCAUUCUCUGAUUUCCUCCUGCUUAUUUUUAUGCUAGGAGAUGUUCUGAAUUGAUUGAACAUGCGUAAUUGCUGCUGUCAUAGUGUAUCUUUGAAAUACACGGUGUGCAAAGACUUGAAAUACCACCAAUUAAUCCAAAGCCUGAAAGGUCAUGUUGACAAGUAAUUCAUCUUUGCGGAGACGUUAGUCCCACACAGGUACAUUGAGUGUUCAGACAUUUCUCUUUCCGCAACAAAUAAGUUGGAAAAGUGGCACUUCAGCUUCAGAAAAAUGCCUGAAGUGUUAAGCCUCUGGAUCACUCACAACAUUUACAAAAUGACUUUCACAAACACCUUCAGUAAGCGGUAAAUAAAAAUGCUUUGAUGCAGCCUCAAGUGAGGAAGCAAUAAUCGUGGAAUGUCUUAUUCAUUUAUGUUGAUCCUUAAGUUGUUGCUCACAGGCACGAAAGGUGAAAGAAGUCGAGCACUGCAGCAAAUGUUUUCGAAAACACUAAUAAAUCAAAGUCAGGUGUUUAGUUUUAACUUUGAAACAUCAUGAUGGGUUGACGGUGGCUUUGUUUUGACUGCAGCUGCUAUUUGCAUGGAAUUACCAAACCUUGUAAAAAGAAUCAAAAAGCGGCCACUGUCAAUCAAAAAACAUUUAGAAAGAAAAGGCAAUGGAAACACGCAGUUGCUAAAUGUUCACGCUGUAGUUGGCUCUUACUAGCCGACUCUCCUCAACUUACAGGGACGAAAUGACAGCUGUGGCUUCAUAUUGAACACAAUUAUAUGUCUGUUUAAAAUCUGCCCUGCGGGGUUGCCCAUACUCCUUCUAAUUUGAAUGUUCAAGAAAGGUAGAAAGAAAGACAAAAAAAAGACAUUUGACAGAAAAUAUAUUAAAAAGUUCAGUUUCAAACCUGGGGAAUAGUUUUUUCAGCUAAAGAGUUAGAAUAGAACAUAUAUAUUGAUUAGAGCAUUACACAUCUUUAUACACCAUUCCCAUCAUUUUAGUAAAUGUUUUGAAAGCUACAAAAUACAUGUACUGUAGUAUACAUCUAAAGAUCAACAUGUCUUACAUUCAGAAGUAGCAGGUUAUCAUUGAAAAACCCUCACAAAGCAGAAGAUAAAAUACAUGUAUAUGAGGGGUCAAUGCUGAAAUGAAAAAUAGGAUAAAUAGGGACACCAUGUCUGUAUUGCAGAAUAAAUGUUUAUAUAUUUUCUUCUGACUGGCUCAAUCUGCAUGGGCCCACACACUCGGUUUACUCUGCCAAACUGAGCACUACUGUUUUAACACAUCUUUUUGAAAAUGUUGCUUGAAGAUGUUUUUAUAUGCAAUUGUACUACAUUUGAUGGGAAGAAAUCUGUGUUUCAAUGUGUGGACGCACAUACAGACUUGUGCAGGUGUGUGUGUGUGAGAGAGAGAAAAGAAAGAGUGAUUAAAGAACAUUGUUAUCAUUGA